AUCACUUCUCUCCUCUCUCUCUCUCUCUCUCUCUCCCUAUCCUUCUUCUCCCUCUUCCCGAAAACAAACCCCUGCACCUGAAAAAACCCUAACCCUAACCUGUCCGCACUGAAACAGAGGAAUUGGUAGGGGAGAGAGAGAGAGAGGGAGGCAGGGUUAUUGGGAUGGACUCGGAUCAGGGGAAGCUGUUCAUCGGGGGGAUAUCAUGGGAGACGACGGAUGAGAAGCUGAUCGAGUACUUCAGCCAGUACGGAGAAGUCAUGCAGACAGUCGUCAUGCGGGACAAGCUCACCGGGAGGCCCCGCGGCUUCGGGUUCGUGGUGUUCUCCGACCCCUCUGUCCUCGACAGGGUUCUUCAGGACAAGCAUACCAUCGAUGGAAGGACGGUUGAGGCUAAGAGGGCUUUAUCAAGGGAGGAGCAGCAAACUAAUGCAAGAUCAGGGAAUGCAAAUUCUGACAGAGGUGCUAGUGGUAGUGGAAAUAUUAGAACCAAGAAAAUAUUUGUAGGAGGCUUGCCAGCCACUUUGUCUGAAGAUGGAUUUCGUGAGUACUUUGAGUCGUAUGGCAAUGUAACCGAUGUAGUAAUUAUGUACGAUCAGAACACUCAACGUCCCCGAGGGUUUGGAUUCAUUUCUUUUGAUUCAGAAGAGGCUGUAGAUAGGGUUUUACACAAGACUUUCCAUGAUUUGAAUGGGAAGCAAGUUGAAGUUAAGCGAGCUCUACCAAAAGAUGCAAAUCCUGGUGGAGGUGGUCGCGGCAUGGGUGGUGGAGGAUAUCAAGGGUAUGGGGGUUCAGGUGGCAACUCAGGUAAUGCUUACGAUGGUCGAAUGGAUUCCAAUAGGUAUAUGCAGGCCCAAAAUGCGGGAGGUGGUUUUGGACCUUAUGGUUCCUCUGGCUAUGGUGCACCAAGCUAUGGGUAUGGUCCUGCCAGUAGUGGCAUGGGUUACGGUGGCUAUGGAGGCUAUGCUGGUGCAGGUACGGGAUAUGGUGGUCCUGCUGCUGCUUAUGGUAAUCCGAGUAUGGCAAGUUCUGCGUAUGCUGGCGGUCCGCAGGGUGGGCCUAGAGGUUCAUGGGGUUCACAGGCAGCAUCUGGGUAUGGGGCCAUGGGCUAUGGGGGUGUUGCUUCUUGGGGUGGUACCACAGGCAGUGGUGCUGGUGGUGGUCCUGGCUCAGCUCCUACAGGCCAUUCUCCUAGUGGGGUGGGUGGAUAUGGCAGUCAAGGUUAUGGAUAUGGUGGCAGCUACGGUGGAGGUGAUGGCUCAUAUGGGAAUCAGGGUGGGUACAGUGCUCGUUCUGGAGGUGGUACCACUGGUGGAGCAGGUGGGUCUAGCGGAGGAGAUAUGCAGGGAAACGGUGGAUAUGGUGGGUAUGGUGAUGGUCAUGGAAACUCAAGCUAUGGAAGUGCAGGGUGGAAGUCCGAUCAGUCACAAGGGAACGGUCCUCAAAGUGGUCAGGGUGGAUAUGGCAGUGGAUAUGGUGGAGUCCAGUCCCGGCAAGGGCAGCAGCAUUGAUUUUAUUAUCGACUUCGGCAGGAAUUGGCUCACCACCUUUAUUUACAGUUUUAUUCUGCUUUGAUAGUGGAAGAGGCUGCUCAAGUGGUAGAGGCUGCUCGAGUUGGAAAUGAAGGCACAUUGGACUGGUUGGAUUUUCUCCAAAGAAUGUCAAAUACUCUGCAAUGAUAUGUUUUUGGUAGUGAAUAAUAAGUAGUGCAUCUCGAGGCAUACUAGAUUUCGUUUCCUAUUUAGCAUUCGGUUGAGUGUAGUUUUUCUUCUUCACAAUUGCGUGUUUAUGCUUAUAUAUACUUGUUGAUUUGGUUGUUGUCCGUUCUAUCGUAGUAAUUGAAUUACAUCAUCUUCUGGCC